GUUAUUGCAGGAUGGUAAAAAAUGGCUGAUGUCGAGGGCAGUGACAGUCCCGAGGAGGACUUCAAUCCCCUCGAAGAUGACAUAGACCUAAAUAACAGUGGGGAUUUGAGACAGGAGGGUCAACCAGAAUCGCUGGACUACAAUCCAGAUGAGCGUGAAGAUGUGGAAUCCCCCUUUAACUCCAUUGACCCAUUCGAACUCGACAAAUAUGCCAUCACUCCUCCUACUCUUGGGCGUGCCCUACGAAGGGCAAAAGAAAAACAGGCCGUCCAUGGCAAGACCAGGAAACUUUCUUACAGAGAGUACAAGGAACAGACAGGUCGUUCACGACAUAAUUACAGUGAUCCAGGGUUUGCACCAACUGAACUCACCACUGAACUCACUGGCUUUGAAAUGGGCAGUGAGGAGCAACCAGGGACUGAUGCAAAACAGCAGAGAUUACCAGUUAAAUCUAAGUCCUUCAAAUCCUUCAAAAGGCCGAGGAAGUUUGAGCGUGACCUGAAGAAUGAAAAUCUUCAUGAAGUCCCUGAGGGGAACUCAAGUAAUGUACUUUUAACACCCUUAGGUCAAAAUGUGCUACCUGCAAUUAAGGUUGACUCGAAUAGAUUCAUGAGUUUAUCACAGAAGUAUCAGCAUCCUCAGAAGCCUUCAGGUACUAGACGAAAGCUCUCUACGCCUAAACAAGAAUGCCCUGAAGAUCGGAUUGAAUUCUAUAACAUUUUCUCGAUGUUAAUCAACAUGGGUGAUAAGGCUAAGAAAGAGAAAGAGAAAAAUAUGUCUCGGCAGAAAAGUCGUGAUGAGAGUUGCUGGGUAAGCCAAGUUAUGGAUUAUUUAUGGCUGGAGCUGCAGGCCUGGCACAGCGGAAAGUCUUUGCAAGACAUGGAUAGGGAUCUGGUUGCUGAGAGACAGAAAAUAAAUUCAGUUUUACAACAAGUCAUAAAUUUUAGCUUUGAACCUGUUAGUGUGGCUGGUGGUACUGGCAGGGCUGACAAGCCUAUGGAACCUGUUAACCUCUUCCAGGGUGCUGGGGUGUCUGAGGCAGUGUCCAUGGCAGCUGGUGAUGGAGGCAUUGAUUUAUCUGCUGUUCGCAAAAGUCCAGUUGAGCGAUGUGAUAGCAGAGAGGGAGUUAUGGACUGUGAUUAUGAAACUACAGGAAUAUUCUUGGAUAGAGCAAUAAUCGACCGCCAGAAGGAAGCUGUUAUAAAAGUGAUGUAUUUGCUCAACCAAGUUGAUGUUGUGGAGGCCCUCUAUCCAACCACAAAGGCAUUGGGAAAGGAAUGUGCGAUGUACACUUGUGAUAACUUUAAACACAAUCAGGACACAUUAUGUUUAUGGUUGAACAUUACGAAGGACUUGAGUCAUACUUUAAACAUGAUGGCAAAAACUCUGGGCAUGCAAGGCUUUGAGGGUUUAGAUUGGCAUCUGUCGGAAUACUGUGCCCAUUGUCCGAUAAGUACCACAAGUCACAUAUGUGAUGAUGAGUGCUGUUGCAUCCAACCUAAUGAACCAGCUGAGGUUGUACGGUUUCAGGUUGAGGGAAGUCCAUCUGAGGAAGACAGUAUCAGUCCCGAAGCACACCCACCACACUAUUUACCACAGCUAAAACUUGGGGCUAAAUCUGUUCGGUUUGAUUCAACAAAUCCAUCUAGUCCAGACAAUGAUCCAGAGUCGAUGAGACUGACACCAGGUACGCCAUCAAGCACCUCUACACCAGUCAAAUUCCGUAGUUCCCCAUCCAUCUCCAACAUGUCGCGCACAUCAAGCGAGAUCAGUCUUGAUGAGGGCGCAAAGCCGUGGAGAUCUGUGUAUCGUCACUAUGUGGAGAAAAGUCUGAAAAAGAUGGGGAUGCGCAAGCUGCUGAAGAGACUUCAUGAUCUCCUGGACGGCUCGUUGCAGCGUUCCAAGGUCAUCCUGGAGAAGCCAAAUCCUGCCUUUACAGAAAUUUCCAAGCCUUCCCUUGAAAAUGAUCAAAUUCUCUCGUCUUCCCCAUCAAUGAAUUUCAUCCCGAUGUCACCAACUCUCCAUCCAUCACCGGAACACUCCAUGCAGGGAGGGGAGUUUUUUGAUAAAGAUGCGCCAACAGAAGGUUGGAUUGGUGACUUUGACAGGAUGGGACUGCCAUCAUUCCGGCCAAGUUAUUUGUUUCUAGCGCGUAUGCCAUUGGAUAUAGUCCAUGAGUGCCUUAGACUGAGGUUGGAACAGCGCAUUGGACUCGAGGGAAUGGAUCCUUCUUUUCUCAGUAUAAGACAGCUCAUUCAUGAAUGCAAGGAAGUGUUGCAUGGUGCUAUGUUGGUGAAGCAGUAUUAUAAGCAGAUGGUGUCUGCAGUGAUGUGGGAUAGUGAGGUCGUUGAGGAGAGGUUGUUGGAGACUGAUCUGGAGCAGUUUGACGACGACAUGAAAUCAAUGAUGGAGGUUUACUUCAGUUAUAUCCGAAAGCUGAUGAGCUAUGUGCAGAACCUGCCCGAUGCUUCAAGGAGCCUGAAGAACCACCUGGAGGAGGAAUGGGCAUUCACCAAGAAGAUUUGUCCACAUAUCAGAGGAGGCGAGGCCGAGGCUGGCAAGAGGUUUUGUUUUAUGGCCAGUGAUCUGUUGGGUUCCAUCGCUGACUUCCUUGAGGUUGGCAUUGACCAGUGUACAACGACUCUCUUCACCAGGACGAUGUCUGAGGUUGAUGAUGAGUCUCUGACAGACAGUCUCGCUCCCAGGCCUAUUCAUCAUUCGGCAUCUUUCUCCAAGACCCAUGAACACAGACAAGCAAUCAUCCAGACUUGUCGAGAGUUUAAAAACUUGUUCUAUGAGGCUCGUGAGAGGGCGUCCAAGGCCCUAGGCUUUGCCAAGAUGUUGAAGAAGGCGCUGGAGGUUGCGGCUGACUUUGACAUCAACGUAUCAACACAGGAACUGCUGCAAAAGUUGAACGACACAGGUCAUACAAUGGUCAUUGCACCACACAGUUCAGACUACCAGAUGUUCAUUCCGAACGCCAUUCUCGACGACAAGCCCCAAAUUGUCCAGUUGCUGAACACGACGUGUGGCCAUGAUGCCCAGCAACUGAGCAUGGCGUAUAGACAAGAAGAGCAUGGUUAUUUGCUGUUAGUUAAGUGUGAUCCACAUGAAAGGUGGGAGGGUGGUGUGAUCAAGGUUGAGCCCACUGCUGAGACGACAAUAGCGCUCUCCCAUAUCCAGGUUGAAGGUUUACUAUUGGUUGUGACGCACUCAGUCUUCAUUGGUCACCUGGGGCAAAUCUUUAAGGCAAAAAUGGGCGACUGCCUGGAGUUGGUGAACGAGCAGACGUCUUGUCAUCAGGCCAUUGGAGAAUCACUUCACGAACUCAGGACCGCUGCGCUAGACCUGAGGGAAAAGGUAGCGGACGCCAUCCAACAGGUGGAUGAGAAGCUCAGUAUGGAUGAUCUCGCUGACAAGGAAGAGAAUGAGAGAAUCAGCCUAUUCAAGCUCUACACCGAGACACUUCAUCAGUGUUAUAACUUUGGCUUUGAUUAUCACAAGGAGAUUCAGCGCCUAGUAACCGGUGAUAUCCGUGAGCGUCUCAGCCAAGGUCUCCUUGGCUUUGCCGGCCAGUGGAUGAAGUUUGUGAAGGCAAAGUGUGAGACAGGAAGGGGAACACGCCCAAGAUGGGCUACCCAAGGCUUUGACUUCCUGACGGUGGCUUGUGAUCCAACGGUGCUUGGUCUGCAGACAGAAGAAGGGUUUCAGGAGCUGAAGAGCAGAAUUGGAGAAUGUGUUACCCAUAUCAUUGGUUCAGCAAAGCAGACACCAGUUGUUGGCUGCACACCGACCUUCCGUGUUGCAAGUCCAGAUCCAAUGUCCCAAAAAUUCCUCGGCCGCGCUAACUCCGUGAUUGAGACAUCAACUCAGCAGAAGUAUAAUCGGUCCCAAUCUGCCAAGUCGACCAGCAGUGAACCAAUCCCCUCACCAACUCCUGCCAUGCAUAGAUUGUCCCUGGAUAAUAGUGUGUGUUCAGGUGCAUCAAGACGAGAAGGUGAAAGACGUGCUUCGUUUGACUAUAGUCAGGCAAUGGACCGCAAUCUGGAUGAGAGUCAGGAGGGGGCUGCUCCUUCAGUGGACAGAGAUGAAGCUGAUGCAGAGGUAGAGGAAUUGGUUAAUGCAGGUGCAUUCCGCAUGCAUCACAUUCACCAAUCCAUUAAAUAUCUGGAGGAGGAGCGCCAAAGCCAGCUUACCGAGGCUAACAUGAUUGGGAAGGUGGUAUCGUGUAAGACUGAGGUUGACUAUCAUAUCAAUGUCAAGAGGGCAAACUUCACUUGGCAGAGGGGGAUGAAAGUUGGUGAUGGCCGCUUCGGUAAAGUCUACACAGCUGUGAACUUGAAGACUGGUGAACUGAUGGCUAUGAAAGUGAUUUCAUUCCAGCCGAACGACCACAAGACAAUCAAGGAUAUUGCCGAUGAGAUACGUACAUUUGAAGGCAUCCAUCACGAGAAUCUGGUGCGGUACUUUGGCGUUGAGUUGCACAGGGACGAGAUCAUGAUAUUCAUGGAAUUCUGCGAUGGUGGAACGAUAGAAGAAGCGGCCAAAGCUGGCCUGUCAGAGAUCUUGGUUAGGAAGUAUACAAGAAAGCUGCUCAUUGCAAUCAGUGUAUUACAUGAGCAUAGCAUUGUACACAGAGACAUAAAAGGCAACAAUAUCUUCUUGACAUCAUCUGGUCAGUUGAAGCUGGGAGACUUUGGAUGUUCAGCCAAGCUGAAGAAUCAUACCACCAUGGCGGGAGAGGUCAAUAAUCUCGUCGGAACAACAGCAUUCAUGGCUCCAGAGGUGUAUACCGCCAGUGAAGACUCCAAGGGCCAGGGUAGGGCUGCCGAUAUAUGGAGUCUGGGCUGUGUCGUUAUUGAAAUGGCCACAGGGAAGAAACCGUGGCACGAUCUUGAGAAUGACUUCCAGAUCAUGUUCAAAGUGGGAAGUGGUGCUUCUCCAACCAUUCCUGAGUUGUUGAGUCAGGAGGGAAAGGACUUCCUCAACUUGUGCCUGGUCCAUGACCCCAAGAUUAGGGCAAGAGCCAAUGUUCUGCUUGACGACCCUUUCACUAAGGUAUUCGAGGAGGAUAUAAAGUAAUCAUAUGAUGAUGCCAAACAAGGAAGAACAUUUCUGCAGUGGAUGAGUGGCCAUUAUAGAUAUUUUUAGCAUAUUGUUAUGCAUCCCAGAACAGGCCUCUUUAUUGGUACUGUAUAAACUUCAUUGUAGUAGUGCUGGCCCUGCAUUAGUCGUAGUUCCACCUAUCAUAAAACCCCGUGUUUUUUCAAGACCCGUGUCUUCGCCGUGUGUCAAAAAACCCGCGGCGCACUUACACCUAUCAGUUGUGUUAGAUAAUGGUUAAUAGCCCCGGCGACAGGUGCGCUGUAGGUAGGGAGCUCUCCUGUGUUUCUUUCCUGUUGGAGGGGGCGUAAUACAGAGGCAACUACACCGCGCCAUCUGUCGCCGGAUCUUAGAACUUGCAAUUGCCGUGUCUAUUCAGAUUCCACCUAUCAAGAAACCCGUGUUGAACACGGGUCUAAAUUAGCCCCCGAUUAGCCCCAUCGAGCUCGAUGGGGCUAAUAGACACAGCAAUUCAUAGGUGUAAGCGCAAAAGACACAGGGAUUUGAUAGGUGGAAGUACGACUAUUAUCUCGAGAUAUGCCACCUUUAACCACUUCACCCUGUUUGAUUGAUAUGUUGACCCAGUGACUAUUUUGAAAUGACUAUUUUUAGAAGGCAGAAUAUGGCCAAAGGUUUUUUAAUGUUUUACUUAUACAGAUACAUGUACUUGUAAUAGGCCAAAAGGAAUCCAAGCUUGAUGCUUUGAUGCAUGUAUAUUUAUGUGUGAUCACAAUCUUGGGCAGAUGUGUGAGACCAAUUCAGAUGCCUUGUUUUUAUUUAUUAAUCAGUUGCUUGCUGCUUUUCAUUUUAGUUGGUCUUACUUUAUCUUCCUGUAACAUGAAUUUGUAAUUUAUUUCACUCAAAUUUAUGCUGUUACUAGGUACAUUUGUUGACUUUGGAGCAUAUCAGGUUUGUGAAGAGAAUGUCUUGAUACAUGUCCUUUGCAUUACACAUUUGUAAGAUUGGUUUAAAAAUCUGGUGAUAGAGUACAUUACUUCAAAGUUUUAAGAUUUCUGAAGGAAGUUGGAUUUAGAUGUAUUCCUGAAAUACUGCACAGGCCAAAGUUUCCAUCAUAGAAUCUAUGAUAGGCCCUGAUGACACGACCGUCACCAUGUUGUUCCAUCAAGUAUAUGUACCCUAUUGGCUUGUAUCAACUUGUACAGUAUCCAAUUGUCUGUUUUCAUGGCGACAAUAAUCACUCGUUUGAUUGGCGUGUAAAGGAAUGAUAAAAUGGGCUGUUGAAUUUACUUUGUACCAUCGUCAAAUAACUUAAUAUUUAUGUCCAUAGUUUUAAUUGUCCAUCAUGGUUGUAAUGAAAUGCCUGACUGUUUUAUCGCAUGUUACAUCUGUAUUUUAAUAGGAAAUGAAGGAACUAAAACUCGUCUUGGAUUGAACGUCAGAAGGUGUUGUGAUUAUAAUGGGUUAAAUGACCAUUCAUAAAGUCGUCCUGACAAUUUCCCUUUCCCUUUAAAGACGAGCAUCAUCUUUUGGAGGUCCUCAGUAUGAAAUGAGUUAAGAUGAAUUAACAAUGUCAAACUGUAAAUAAGUCAUUGUAAAUAAUGUCUAUUUCCUUUACAGGAAUAAUAUGAUUGUGCAUUGUUCAUUAACAUGAUGAUCAAAUGAAAUCAUGUAAAGAUUACAAUAAAUUUUCAUUCAAAAAAAGUCAA